AUGUAUAAAGAUUUAAAUGUAUUAUUAGCAAUAUUUAUAUUAAUACAAUAUUGUAUUUGUAUUACAAAUGCUGGUUCUGUAACAGUGAGUGGAAUCAGCAGUGGUGCUUACAUGGCUGUACAAUUUCAUGUUGCGUUCAGCUCAGUUGUUCAAGGAGCAGGUGUCAUUGCUGGUGGUCCAUACUAUUGUGCUAAUAACGAUGUAUUGAUUGCAACGACAUCGUGCAUGGCAGAUCCAUCGUUGAUCAAUCUCACAGAGUUGUAUGCUGCAACCGAUUUCGCAGCGAGUACACUUACGAUCGACCCAACCUCCAAUUUGGCAAGCACCAAGGUUUGGAUCUACUCUGGAAUGAAAGAUACGGUGGUAGUGCAAGGUGUCGUAAAGAAACUAGAGACGUACUACCAACACUAUAUAGAUGCAUCACAAAUCAAUACGACCUACAACAUUCCAUCGGAACACUCGUUCGUCACUGACAACUUUGGAAACAACUGUAGCUACUUGGGACCAGACUAUAUCAACAACUGUAACUUUAACUCUGCCUACAACUUGCUAUCUUUUAUUUUGCCAACCGAAAUCAAUCCACCAUCUACUACCAACUCUUCAAAAGAAAAUUUUGUCGAGAUAGAUCAAUCACAAUUCAUACCAUAUGGAACAGCAUUGGAUGCUGGCUUAUAUGAUUAUGCAUUCGCUUAUAUACCACCACAGUGUCAACAAAGAAACAAAGGAGUUUGUUCAGUUCAUAUUGCAUAUCAUGGAUGUUUACAAACAAUACCAUUAAUUGGCGAUACCUUUUAUGUGAACACAGGAUACAAUGAGAUUGCAGACACCAACAACCUAAUAAUAUUGUAUCCACAGGCACAAGCAAACACUUUGAAUCCCAAAGGUUGUUUCGAUUGGUGGGGUUACACUGGUGCAGAUUAUGCCAGUCAACUAGGAGUACAAAUGUUGACCGUCAAGAAAAUGUUGGACUACUUAAUAUCAGAAUAUAAUAUUUAA